AUGUCAAAUAUCAAUUCAAUUUGUAGUUUAGUUGACGAUUUGACAUUUAUCAAAGGAGAGCCCGUAAUAUUGGGUGGACCGGUGCCAAAUGACGGAUCUUUAAAUACAAUUAUUGUGGAGUUUUGGGCUACUUGGUGUCCACCAUGUCGUGAUACAAUACCACAUCUAUCAAAGAUACAACAAAAAUAUCGUGAUCGAGGAAUAAAAGUACUAGGAAUAACUAAUGAAAAGGAAGAUGAUACAGUAAUUGAAUUCGUCAAUCAAAUGGGGGAUAAAAUGGACUAUUCAGUAGCAUUUGACAAAAAUCGUACCGCCAGAAAAGCAUUACUUAAACCAAGUGGUUCCCCAGGAAUCCCUACAGCAUUUAUUCUGGUCAACAAUAAAGUAAUUUGGUGUGGACAACCAGGGCUCGAUGAGGAGUUUGACCAAUUGGUGGAACAAGCUGCGAAUGAAGAAAUGCGGCGCACUACAAGUUCAGCUGGCACUAAUAAAAGAGCCAAUGGCUCAGGGGCAUCUGCUGCUUCUGGCACACGCGGAAUAAAUAAUAACAAGAGCAACAAAGAUACUAAUGGUGGUUCUAGCAUAGUAAAAAGCACCUCUAACCUUACUCGUAGCAACACCACGAGUUCCUUACUCACUCCAAAUCGAACUUCAAAUACGAACAGUACAUCGACAACAACACGUUCUAGGGUCUCAAGAUCGCCUUCACCUCGUUUGGGCGCUAUUUCUGAUUCUAUUCCCGCCACAAAUGCUGGAACCUCAAAUACACUUAAAACGUUAACUACGAACCCGCGAAUUUCUAGAUCUCCAUCACCGUCGUCUUCUAGUAUUGGAAAGACUACCUCUAGCUCUAUUCCCGCCACAAAUAUUAGAACCUCGAAUACACUUAAACCAUCUACUAAGAGCCCGCGAACUUCUAGAUCUCCGUCACCGUCAUCUUCUAGUAUUGGAAAGGCUGAUUCUACUGAUACAACCUACAAAUCCGCAUCGAAAACAGCACAAUCUUCUAUUAAGAAUAAGAGAACUUCGCUAUCUCCCUCACCUUCGCCAAAUACUAAAAAGACUUCAUUAAAACAAGCCAUUGAACAAGCCAGGGCGAAAGCUCGAAAAGCAAACAAGAACACUGAACAUGGAGAAGACAAUGAAGAAAGCUCCACGAAAAGUCUAAAAGUUGUUGUAAAACAUGCCAAAACUUCAGGUCGAUUAAAUCUGUCAAAUCGUUCUUUAAAUGAAAUUCCUGAAGAAGUUUGGAAAAUGUAUGAAACAGAUCCUUCCGAGAUCAAUUUGGAUUUUGGUGCUGCUAGUUCGGAUAUAUGGUACGAAGCUGUUGAUUUAACGCGAAUGGUGAUUGCUGAUAAUCAUUUGCAAUCAAUUGAUAAAAGAAUAGCCGAAUUUCGUUCGCUGGUUUUUCUAGAUCUUCACAAUAAUAAAUUAUCCACUCUCCCGGAUGAGUUUAGUGAAUUAUCAAAUUUAGGCACAUUAAACUUAUCUAUCAAUGAAUUCACUGAACUUCCAAAAUGUUUGACUUCUCUUUUAUCACUGAUUGAUCUCCAACUCUCGUCCAACAAGUUGUCGGGAACUUUAGAUCCAUCGUUUGGGAAUUUGUCAAAGCUUGAAUUCCUUGAUAUAUCUUGUAAUGAGAUCACCGGAUUACCCGAGGAAAUCCGCAAUUUGAAGAAUCUUCGGAAGUUAAUAUUGAAGAAGAAUAAACUAAAAGAGCUUCCGGGAGCUGCAUUAAGUGGAAUGAUUAGAUUAGAAGAGUUAGAAGCUAAUGAAAAUCAAUUGGAAAAAAUAUUUUAUGGACUUGAUGAUGCGCAAGUGAGUCUACCUUAUCUCAAACGAUUAGAUCUUCGCCAAAAUAGAUUGAAGUCUUUAGAUGAAGCACAAGAGACGACAUUAUUUAAACCAUCCAUCACCUUGCCGGUACUCAAAGAAUUAUUAGUUUCUUUCAAUAGAAUAGAAUCAUUAGGGUCUUUACUUCAUACCACGCCUAGGUUGGAAAUUCUUGAUAUUGCAGAUAAUAAGUUCAAAGAAAUUCCAGAGGGAUUAACCGCGUUAAAGAUGCUCAAGCGAUUGGAUUUGGGAAACAAUGAACUCCGUGCGUUACCUGCUGAACUGGGAUUACUGACUUCUUUGGAUGUACUUGUCUGGGAAGGAAAUCCCUUGAGAAAUGCUCCAAGAGGACCGAAAUCGACGACAGCACUUCUUCAGACACUAAGAACUCGAUUGUCCUUAGUUGAUUCUGAGAAUAUGGAUGGACCAACAAUACCUGAAAGUAUUCCUUCUAAUAGUCUAGGACGAGUUGGUAGUAGACGAGCAGGUUCUGAUGAUGCCGCAUUCUCGGGACCUUUAGGCACUAUCACUCUUCAAGCAGUUGCAUCGAAGACAUUAGACUUGUCAAAAAAAUUACUUUCAUCAAUCUCUGAUACAGAAUUGAGUUCAAUAACAUUUGAGCCGACAAGUGUUUAUUUAGGUUUUAAUGCAUUCACAAAUAUCCCUGCAUCUCUUGCAUUAUUCCAAAAUAUUAUCACUACUCUUCAAUUAGAUCACAAUAAAUUGACUACUUUUCCAAGUUUCGAAGAUAAGUCUGUAAUUUUUGCGAAUCUUGUAACGUUAGACAUAUCUGCAAAUCAAAUAACAUCAUUGCCAGAUGAAUCAGAACAUACAGCAUUUCCAAAUCUACAAAUUCUGAAUUUGAACCAGAAUCGGGUGUCCGCUUUACCACCCAAAUUACCGUUUCCAAAACUUAAAACACUUCUUGCAUCAAUGAAUGCGCUUACCACAAUCACACCCUCAACAUUUGAAAAUAUGGAAGUAGUCGACUUAUCGAAUAAUAGCAUUGGUCGUUUACCACCGUUGUUGGGGAACUGGUGCAUUGAUGGAAUGGUUGCGUGGUAG